AUGGGAUUGAAUUUCUAUGCGGCUCUGUUCAUGGUUUGGACAGCUUCUCAGGCCGAGGCACUGCUGGAUCAUGAGCAGCACCAGGCCGUUCGAGAUCUCAGAAACUCGUCGCGACCACUUGUGCAGUCGACAUGUAUGAGCGGAUCCGAUCUUUGCGUUCCUACAAGCUCUACCCGUUACAUGAACACAACGAUCACCCAGACCCAGACCCAUACCACCGUUCUUGAACGACACUCCAACAAGUUCCGGCCUCGCCAUACCGACUUUGCCCAUGAGUUCUACACUGCCUUCUGUUCCCAAAAUGUUGCCUCAGAUGCCGAUGCCAACGACGAGAUGGACUCCGGGUACCAAUACCAUACAGACGAUGGCGACAGUCAGCUCUUCGGUUUCAACAACUUCCCCCCCAACAUUGCCAUCAAGCUUCCCCAGUUCUGCAUCCAGCUCCUUGGACUCAGGAUUGGCAACUGCCCAACGGACGACAAGGAGGGCGACAAAGAUGGUGGUAAAGACGACGGAAAGGACGACGACAAGGAAGACGACAAGGAUGAGGAUGACGAUGACAAGAAGUCCAGCAAAGCGAGUUCUGCAACAUCCACCACCUCAACUUCAUCUUGCACUGUCACUGUCACUGCUACCCACCGGACAGUUUUCUGUUCCAUCACCAGAAGUGUCAACGACAGUACGCAUACUUAUACGGACGCCAAAACGACGUGUCUCACCAGCGCGUACACCACCAUCACCGGCUGCAGCGUCCUCAAUUCGGUAGCCACAGUGACCACCACAAGGACCUCUGAUCCGAAGCCGUCGGAUCCCCUUUGUGGCCCCGGUUGCGGCAUCGGAGGAUGUCAAGCUUUCCAGCCGCCUGGGUCAGCGGCUGCAGAUGCCCCCCGCCCCCAGAAGCCAGAGCGUAGGUCGGCGGGCCCAAAACUCUUGAACCGUGGAGAACCAAGCGAGGGAGAAUGGAGAGAUCCAUCCGACUAUCCGGGAGGGUAUCAUGAAUUCAUGGAGAUGGAAUUUGAUUACAUGCGCAGGAGGAUGAACUUCGGACUGAGCCACCAUCACCCUAAGCUUGUGCUCGAUGGCCCCCCAAUGCCGAACGAGCGUGAGAGCCUGACGACAGUCCGGUCCAACUGGGUCUUGUUCCAAGACAAGGUUGAGACUCUGGCCGUCGAGGGCCUCGUAGGGUGCACGGUGGUGGUGGUCAUCAGCGACCGAGGCGCGUGGAUGGGCAAGUUUUACGAGAAGACAAUCUCCAACGCCACACUCUUCGCCGAAGCCUUGUCCGGGUGGAAGACCGGACGACAAGCCCAAGACGAUUGGACCAAGUAUGCUCGGUAUGGUAUCGACGAUCUCAGGAACCAUCCCGAGCGCAGAGAUAUAGGAGAAGUCUUCGGUUCAGACGACGACGCGGUGGCAUUCCCCGUCCGCAUCCUUGUAAUCACCCCCCGUCGCCGAGUUGUGGAACAUGGUGACGAAAGAAGCGCGGGGCCACCGGUACAGCUCGAUUACGAAGAAGGCGGUAUGCCCGUAUAUCCGCAAGUCAGGCGCAUCGUCGACGAUAUCCUUGAAGCGAUUCCCCAGCGUUAUCAUGAUGAGUCACUCAUCCGGUUCUAUCCCCAAGAGCAGCUCACCGAAGAAGAACGUUACCACAGAGAAAACGGCGAAUUGAGCGACAUGUACUGGUCGAACAUGCUCCAAGACAGAAUCCUCCACACGGCUAAAGGGAAGGUCAUGCUACAAUACCAGCCAGCAAAUCGCUGCACAGAUGAUGCCUCGUGGCGCAUAUGGGUUGAUGACUAUGCCCAUUUCAGAACACCGCCCAGUGCGCAGUUCCAGGACGAGUGGUCGGCCCUAGACGGCCAGUUCUUUUCCGAGGAAUUACGCCCGCAGUAUGCAGGUGAACUAUACUCCAGACAGGAAUGCCCGAUCAGGGGUAAACCUGCAUCUGGCGGCGGAUCCAUGAGCUCAGUAUCACCUUCAUUGGCGACCUCAGCCGGGCAAGGGAUGCCCGGAGCGUCUGCGACCCUGAGUGGCAGCGGAGGCAGAACACAGUCGCUUCUGCCGGGUUCGUCCUAUGUGAACGGUACUGCGGCGCCUCUCCCAUGGAACAGCUCCGUGACGACACACCGGCGGUGUGACGAAGCCGAUUCCUACGUCUUUCUCGUCUCCGAACGGAACCACGACUCCAGUGUUCUGGAACAGCAUGACGAUGACGGCCCCGAGCGACAGCUGCUCUCCGUCGUGAAGACGGUCACGGUAGUCACGGCAACCGUCAUCGUGCCGGCGGGGCCAACAUCGUCUGAAGAGCCGAAACCGAAACCUUGGCAAGGGCCAAGAGUGUCUUUUGGGUCCAAAAAGUCCGUGGCGGUUUACGUCAUGUACGAGGAAGUCAUGGCGGGCGGGUCAGAGACGAUAGCGAACGGCGAGAUGUUUGUCAUGUUUCCGGUGACUGUCGACAGCCCCAUCAAGCACUGCGAGGUUAAACGGCUUGGGUGGAAGCCCACGACAUUCUUUUCCGAUCGAUCUUGGCCGCCCAGCAUGGAGGCCAGGAAUGGAGGAGAGGCUUUUGGACGUAAGAAGUGCGUAUACAAGGCCAAGCAGGACGGGUUUGGCUCGUUCAAAUGCGAGGGGGUGGCCGAGUUCAACUGUUUCAAGGACGCCGACUACGACAAGACGUUCAACUGUAUGGCCGGGUUGGAUAGCAGGACGUACAGACCACGCAUGCGCUGUGUGUUUCCAGACAAAUGA